CCGGGGUAGAGGUGUUGUGGGUCCGCGGCCGUCGCCAGGGUUCGUCCCGAUCGGGCACCAUGGGGGCGGAGAAGAGGCUGCUGCCGAUUAAAGAAGCCUUCCAGCUGGCGCAGCAGCCGCACCAGAACCAGGCGAAGCUGGUGGUGUCGCUGAGCCGCACCUACCGCACGAUGGAUGAUAAAACAAUUUUUCAUGAGGAGUUCAUUCAUUACCUUAAAUAUGCCAUGGUGGUCUAUAAACGUGAGCCAGCUGUGGAGAGGGUCAUUGAAUUUGCAGCAAAGUUUGUUACUUCAUUUCACCAAUCAGAUAUGGAAGAUGAUGAGGAAGAGGAAGAUGGUGGGAUUUUAAAUUAUUUGUUUACUUUCUUAUUAAAGUCUCAUGAAGCAAACAGCAAUGCAGUUAGAUUUAGAGUUUGCCAGCUCAUAAAUAAGCUCUUGGGAAGUAUGCCAGAAAAUGCCCAGAUUGAUGAUGAUUUGUUUGGUAAAAUUAAUGAAGCUAUGCUUAUUAGAUUGAAAGAUAAAAUUCCCAAUGUGAGAAUACAGGCAGUUUUGGCUCUUUCAAGACUUCAGGAUCCUAAAGAUGAUGACUGCCCAGUGGUUAAUGCGUAUGUUACUUUGAUUGAAAAUGAUUCAAAUCCAGAAGUUAGACGGGCAGUGUUGUCAUGUAUUGGACCAUCAGCCAAGACUUUGCCAAAAAUCGUGGGGAGAACCAAGGAUGUGAAAGAGGCUGUGAGAAAGCAAGCUUACCAGAUUUUAGCUGAAAAAGUUCAUAUGAGAGCAAUGUCUAUUGCUCAGAGAGUAAUGCUCCUUCAACAAGGUCUUAAUGACAGAUCAGAUGCUGUGAAGCAAGCGAUGCAGAAACAUCUUCUUCAAGGCUGGUUACGUUUCACUGAAGGAAAUAUAUUAGAGUUGCUGCAUCGACUGGAUGUGGAAAAUUCUUCAGAAGUGGCAGUGUCAGUUCUCAAUGCAUUAUUUGCAGUGACUCCUCUUAAUGAGCUGACAGAAAUCUGUAAAAAUAAUGAUGACAGGAAAUUAAUUCCAGUGGAAACAUUAACUCCUGAAAUUGCUUUGUAUUGGCGUGUCCUUUGUGAAUAUUUGAAAUCAAAAGGAGAUGAUGGUGAAGAAUAUUUAGAGCAGAUUUUGCCAGAGCCUGUAGUCUACACAGAGUAUUUACUAAGUUAUAUUCAGAGCAUUCCGGUUGUUACUGAUGAACAAAGAGGUGAUAUUUCCCACUUUGAAAAUUUGAUGACCAAAGAGUUCAUAGGUCAACAAUUGAUUCUAAUUAUCAAGUCUUUGGAUACCAAUGAAGAAGGUGGAAGAAAACGACUGCUGGCGAUUUUGCAGGAGAUUCUUACUCUUCCCACAACCUCAAUGUCACUAAUUUCUUUUCUUGUUGAGAGACUGAUCUACAUCAUUACAGAUGAUAAUAAGAGAACAGAAAUUGUUACAGAAAUUAUCUCAGAGAUUCGGGCACCCAUUGUUACUGCUGAUGUUAACAAUCCAGCCGAGGCAAGAAAGAAAGAACUCAAGAUGGCUGAAGUAAAAGUGAAACUUAUUGAAGCAAAAGAAGCUUUGGAAAAUUGUAUUACCGUACAAGAUUUUAUUCAAGCCUCCAAAUUAAAAGAAGAAAUAAAAGCUUUAGAAGAUGCCAAAAUGUGCUUGUUGAAAGAGACAGAACAACUUGAAAUUAAGGAAGUCCACAUAGAGAAGGAUGAUGCUAAAACGCUACAGAAAUGCCUGAUUUUAUGCUAUGAACUCUUGAAGCAUAUGUCCACUUCAGCAGGCCUAAGUGCAACCAUGAAUGGCCUCAUUGAAUCUUUGAUUCUUCCGGGAAUAAUGAACGUUCAUCCUAUAGUAAGAAACCUGGCUGUCUUAUGCUUGGGAUGCUGUGGAUUACAGAAUCUGGAUUUUGCAAGUAAACACUUCGUAUUACUAUUGCAGGUUUUGCAAAUUGAUGAUGUGACAGUAAAAAUAAGUGCUUUAAAGGCGAUCUUUGACCAACUGAUGACAUUUGGGAUUGAACCAUUUAAAACUAGAAAAGUCAAAACCCUUCAAAGUGAAGGUAUAGAAAUAAACUCUGGAGAGCAAGAGUCGAAAGAAACUGAAGAAGAGACUGCUACAGCCAAGAAUGUUUUGAAACUUCUUUCUGAUUUCUUAGACAGUGAGGUGUCUGAGCUCAGGACUGGAGCUGCGGAAGGCCUGGCCAAGCUGAUGUUCUCUGGACUUCUGGCCAGCAGCACAAUUCUCUCCCGACUUGUCUUGCUGUGGUACAAUCCUGUCACUGAGGACGACGUUCGGCUGCGACACUGCCUGGGCGUGUUCUUCCCCGUGUUUGCUUAUGCGAGCAGGGCGAAUCAGGAAUGCUUUGAAGAAGCCUUUCUUCCAACUCUACAAACACUUGCCAAAGCUCCUGCAUCUUCACCUUUAGCUGAAAUAGAUAUCACCAAUGUUGCUGAGUUACUUGUAGACUUAACAAGACCAAGUGGAUUAAAUCCUAAGGCCAAGAAUUCCCAGGAUUACCAGGCCUUAACAGUUCAUGACAAUUUGGCUAUAAAAAUUUGCAAUGAGAUCUUAACAUGUCCAUGUUCUCCAGAAAUUCGGGUGUAUACAAAGGCUUUGAAUUCUUUAGAGCUCAGUAGCAGUCUUGCGAAUGAUCUUCUGGUUCUAUUAAAUGAGAUUCUGGAGCAAGUAAAAGAUAGGACAUGUCUGAGAGCUCUAGAGAAAAUCAAGAUUCAGUUAGAAAAAGGAAGUACAGAAUGUGGUGAUCAAACUGUAGCCGGAGAAGACGCCAGUACCAAUGUCACUGUUCCUCAGAAUGAAGAUGAAAAGAAUAAAGAAGCAUAUAUGACUCCUUUCAGGAAUAUAAAAACAACCCAAGCAUCGAAAUCUACUCAGCAAAAGACUAACAGAGGGCGGAGAAAGGUAGCAGCUUCAGCUAGGAAGAACAGGAGACGUCAGACUACUGAGGCUGACUCUGAAAGUGAUCAUGAUGUUCCAGAGCCAGAAUCGGAAAUGAAGAUGAGAUUACCAAGACGAGCCAAAACAGCAGCACUAGAAAAAAGUAAACUUAACCUUGCUCAGUUUCUCAAUGAAGAUGUAAGUUAGGAGAAGAGAUGGAGGUGUGGAGUCCUUUUUCAAAUGUCCUUUAAAAUUGUGUUUGGUUCUUGCUUCAAUAAAGUUACCCUUGUGUCAAACUC